CCAAAGCGAGAUUCGUGCGUAAAAAAGGACACUGCCCCCCGUUCAGUGGCGUUAGUCGUUGCGCAUUACGCGCGGAUCGUCGGGACAACCCCUCGCCGUCGUGUGUCAGCGCGUGGAACCGUGUGUGUCUGUCCGUGCGUUACCGUGUCCAACCCACUGAUCUUUUGCAGACCGUAAUCUCAUCAGUGUCAUACCGUGGAUGCCCUUUCCUCUCGUGCACGUCUUGCCCGCCCUGAGGUUGCUGUUUGCGGCCAAAUAUUUGGAUGAGAGACCGUCUUUUCUAACACUGCGAACUUUUCUUUUUGGAACAGCAAAGGAAUCAGUUACAUUGACAGUUCCAUGCGCGUUUGAACGCGUUGUAAAAUGAACAUUUGACCGUUGUUCAACUUUCGAUCUGAAGAAGACAUGGAGUCCACAUGUAAAGAAAGGAAUCUUCUUUACUUACUUCUCUUUGCAAUAUGCACAGCCAGCGUUUGCCUCUGUGCUAGGAGGACCAAUGCUCGGAGAGCUGAUCGUCUGAGUCCUCCAUUGGACAUCCAGCUGGAGACAAUCAACUGCACAGCCUUCAGUGUACGAUGGAAGAUGCCCCGGAGACACGUGAGCACCAUCACUGGAUACAAGGUCUUCUACACUGAGAUAAGGAACGGAAAUCCAUCGGAAUCAGCCUCUUUGAUGGAAGUGCCUCUCAGCUUGGACAUGCUGACCACUGGCCAAUUUGAUGGACAAGCCAGUUUUGAUGUGUACAUCGGUGACCUGAAGGUGAACGCUAAGUACCGAGUCAGUGUUGGAGCUUACGGCUGGGCCGGGGAGGGCAGACCCAGCAUGCCCAGGGACAUCAGCACCGCCUCACAUGAAAUGUGCAUGCGCCCGUCUCCCCCCGCGCAGCCGGUUGUCAUGGCUGUGUCGGACACGGAGCUGGCGUUGUCAUGGCAGCAAGGAGAGAGUGAAGGAAGCGCACCUGUCCUUCACUUCCUGGUGGCCUACAUCAGGCCAGAAAUGGACACGGAGUGGACUUAUAUUCGUGAGCCCAUUGAGACUAACUCGAUGGUUUUGAAGGGGUUAAUGCCGGAGACGGAGUACCAGUUUGUUGUCAGGGCCGUCAACGUGCAUGGACUGAGCCCACCCAGCAGCAUCAACAACCCCGUGCGCACUCUAGGUGCAGCAGACGUUGGCAGUGGUGAUUAUGGCCGGUACAUCACAGAUCCCGGGAACAAAGAUGACGAUGGCUUCGACGUCGAUGACUCUGAUUACGACAUCUUUAUCGAGGAGUUAAAGCCAUUCCCAGAUACUGAUGCAGACAACAGGAAAUCCCAGCUCCGCUCUCGCUCUGGUACGCCACCUGGUCGAAACGUUGUUUACCGUAUGAACACCAUCGCUCCACCCAACGUUACUGCCCCACCAGUUUCCACCGUCCCAGACUUCUCAGAUCUGAUCUUCGACACCACCUCAGAGCCGAGUACCACCCUUGACACCACAACCACUGCCCCACUCACCACCACCAGCAUCACGUUGCCGACCACCACCACCAUACCGACCAUGUCCCCCUGGAAGGGUGACGUGCCUCGUGUGUACGAACUGACCUGCGAUGACACUGUGUGCCCCCCCGACAGCUUCUGUCUCAGUGAUUAUGACAGUGGAGGUUCUCGCUGCCACUGUAACCUCGGACGAAGAGGAGACGAUUGCUCUGAGGUGGUGUCAGUGAACUUUCCCCGGUUCCAUGGCUACUCUCACAUGACCUUUGAACCCUUAAAAAACUCUUACCAGACCUUCCAGAUCACGGUGGAGUUCAAGACAGACUCUGAGGAUGGCUUGCUGCUGUACUGUGGAGAGAACGAACAGGGGAGAGGAGACUUCACCUCUUUGGCCUUGGUACGAGGCAAACUUCACUACAGGUUUAACUGUGGCACCGGAGCAGCUCAGAUAGUCAGUGAGAGUCGUGUUGUUCCUGGUCAGUGGCACACGGUCACUGUCUUCAGAGACGGCAUGAGCGGCUGGCUUCGUAUGGACAACGACACCCCGAUAUCUGGACGCGCACAGGGCCAGUACACAAAGAUCACCUUCCGCUCCCCGCUGUAUUUGGGGGGAUCCCCGAGUGCUUACUGGCUGGUCAGGGCGACGGGGACCAAUCGUGGCUUUGUCGGCUGCAUUCAGAGUCUGAGCAUCAACAACAAGGCCACAGACAUCAGGCCGUGGCCUCUGGGUAGAGCUCUGAGUGGAGCUGAUAUAAGUGAGUGCAGCGACAGCGUGUGUGACCUGGUCAGCUGUGCUAACGGCGGCGUCUGCUUCGCAAACCGCGCUGACGGCUACAUCUGCCUGUGCCCACUCGGCUUCAGGGGAGCACUUUGCGAAGAGAGCUUCUCACUGUCCUCGCCGCUCUUCAAUGAGACAGUGUUUUCGUACGUCGUCCUCCCCUGGCCUCAGUCCUCUCAGAGUUAUCUGUCCUUCACGGAGUUCGAGAUCACGUUCCGACCAUCGAUGCCAGACGGGAUGCUGCUGUACAGUGAUGACGCCGGCAGCGGGGACUUCCUGGCUAUAAACAUGGUGGACAGAUACGUGGAGUUCAGAUUUGACUGCGGCUCUGGAGGAGCAGUCAUAAGGAGUGAGGAGCAGAUCAGUCUGGACACAUGGCAUGAGCUGAGGGUGUCUCGCACAGCGAAGAGUGGUAUCCUUCAGGUGGACAGCCAGAGGCCAAGGGAAGGAAUUGCUGAGGGAGCUUUUACUCAGAUCAACUGCAGCUCCCCCCUCUAUAUUGGAGGAGUACCAGCAUAUGAUAAAACCAAGAGGACGGCAGGUGUUAUCAAGCCCUUCUCUGGAAUUAUUCAGAAGCUGAUACUCAAUGACCGCACCAUCCCAAUAACAACUGCCACUGCCGGUGGUGUUAACGUGGCGAACUCCGCACACCCCUGUGUGGAAAGUCCCUGCGCCAAUGGAGGAACCUGCAGACCAAAGUGGGAUGGAUAUGAGUGUGACUGUCCCUUAGGCUAUGAUGGCCGGCACUGCCAGAAAGAGUGUGGGAAUUACUGUUUGAACACCGUGACUGAAGCCAUUGAGAUCCCACAGUUCAUUGGGCGGAGUUACCUGACUUACGAUAACAGAGAUAUCCUCAAAAGGGCCUCGGGAUCCAGGACCAACCUUUUCAUUCGUUUUAGGAGCACAGUCCAGGACGGCCUUUUGAUGUGGCGAGGAGACACUCCAAUGAGACCCAACAGUGACUUCCUGUCUAUGGGGCUUCGGGACGGUGCUCUAAUCUUCAGUUAUAACCUGGGCAGUGGUGCAGCUGACAUCAUUGUCAACGGGACCUUUAGCGAUGGGAAGUGGCACAGAGUCAAAGCUGUGAGGGACGGCCAGUCAGGCAAACUGACAGUCGAUGACUAUGGAGCGAAGACGGGGAGGUCGCCCGGCAAGAUGAGACAACUCAACAUCAACGGACCCUUAUAUGUUGGUGGCAUGAAAGAAAUCGCUCUGCACACAAACAGACAGUACAUCGGCGGCUUGGUGGGCUGCGUGUCCCACUUCACACUCUCCACUGAUUAUCACUUAGCGCUGGUGGAGGACGCUGCCGACGGCAAGAACAUCAACACCUGCUCAAACUAGAAACUUGCUCCGGGAGACGAAGAGUCCCUCUCCAGCGCAGCACAUCCAUCAGCUGACUCGUCUUCCUCAAACUCCGCCAGCACCAAACGAGUGAAACAAUAUCAAUUUAAAACUUAAAGUGGAAAAACAGUUACGCUACUUUGAGUCACAGGAGCCAUUUAAGUGGCUGUUGUGUGCAACGUUCCCACACCGAUGUUUUGCUUUAGCAUUGACAACCUGAUGAAUUGCUCUAAAAACCAGUUUGGACACAUGACAGCAGCAAAAAAAACUAAACAACCAGAGGAUAUUACAAAGCACAAGUACUCUGUGAAAGGAGGGGAAAUUCUUAGCGUUGUGUGUGAUGUGGGUCUUUUGAAAAACCUUUUUGAAGGACAUUUUUCAUGGGAUGAUUCCAAUACUUACCUUUUUUUUUUUCUUUUUUUUCACUGUAAAUCCUUAUUUGAUUGCUGGAAGAACCAAGAGAUUCGAGGGAUCAAGAGUCAUCACAAGUUUUCCAUGAACCCGACCUAGAGCAGCGAGCAGAGAUAAACUGCUUUGUAGAGGAUUUGGGUGUUGGCCCUAGAGGAUUUCUUUUGUUUUUGUUGUGCAUUUGUGUUCUUGUUCGUGAUGUGUUAUCAGUCUGUAGACAAGCUUUUUCUAAAGUCUUGAUUGAUGUCAGGUUUUUAAAGGUUGCUAGUUUUGGAGGGUGGGGUGGAGUUGUUGUUGGAUGGGGGGGCGGUGUAUCAGCUGCACAACAGUUGUUUCUUUUUACUUUCUUUUAGUUCAACGUGCUGCUUUUUUUGGAACUCUCAGAUGCUAGUCACAUGAAAGUCUGGUGUGGACACGGUGAAGUAGCCAAAAUCCUGGAGAACGUGUGCGUGACACAAGGCUGCUGCUGGUAUUUGACAGGAAGCCGCAGAGCUGUGGUCACUGAGCUUUCUGUCUCUUGUUUUCACACCAGAGGAAAAUAGAUCUAUCCGUUCAGUGUAUUUUAUAAAUAUUUAUAGGAAGAAAAUUGACAGCUUCAUUUGUUUAAAGAUUGAAUUCGUCAUAAAAUCUGUUAUAAAUCAACCGUUUUUAUAUUGAUUUACUUAAAGUUAUGUAGAGACCGACAAAUGGCUUUUUAUGGCCUGAAGCAUUUUCAACAAAUGUAUACAAAUUUGAAAAGAGGUUGAUUAAAUGAAAAGCUCCAUGUGGCAGGCGUGUGACUGAAGAGGACGUGCACUGAGUGAUCCACCACAGGGUGAUUGGCUGUAUCACGUCUUGACUGUAUGUAUGUGAUGAAACAGUAACUAGAACAGGAACACGUUGAUGUUACCUCUGUGUUGUCAGCACAUGUUUUCUGAAGCUCCAUUUAAAGCUUUAAGUUUCUAGGUU